ACUCACAAUUCACAAAGGGCCUCUUUUCCAUCCAAUGGCUACCAUAAGACCUCUUUAUCCACUUUCUUCUCCACUCAAACAGUCCAUUAACAUUCCCUCUUCAACUCCAUGGAUUUACUGCAAAUCAACCUCAGAAUCUCCUGUUUCUUCCAUACAGUUACAUACAAUUCAACACCAACAAAGACAAGUUGCUGCUGGAGUCGCAUUUAAUCCUUCUGGGAACUACGAUCUCUCCCUGUAUGAUGAUGAAAAUGACAUAGAGAAAGCAGCACCACCAAUGCCCCCAACAGAAGGCCGGUAUGAAGUAGUAAUCGAUAAUGAUAUUAUUCGUUGUCUUGACUUAGCCCCUUUUGAGAGUGCAACUGGAAUAACCUCACCUCUAUCAGAAAAUGCUAAUCCAAAGGAAUUAUUGGAACGUACUAUUGGAUUUACGAUCAAUUACACUAGAGAAGAUGAAUAUGAUCCUCGAGAGCUAUCUGAAUUCCCUGAUAUAAGGUUGUGGUUCAUUCGACUGGAUGCUGUGUAUCCAUGGCUCCCUGUUGUAUUGGACUGGCGAGCAGGAGAGCUCGCACGAUAUGCAGCUAUGCUCGUGCCUCACCAGAUGAGUAUGAGAAUGGGAGUCGUAUUUAACCCGGAGGCACUGGAAUUGUUCAUUAUGCAGAAAGUUUUUAUUGUGUACUCAUGGUUGAAGGAAAAUGACAUACCAAUGCCAAGAUUGAAGACUAAAGACAUGGCCAGAAUGCUUGGAUUUGGUAUUGGAGAUGAACUCUUUGAUUUCAUUGACAAGUAAAUCCCAACUUCAUCAUAAAACUAAGAUUAAUGGAUCGACAUUCGAAAGUCUAGUCUUAUCUUUAUUAAGACCGCUACCUUUCUUACAAAAGUGCAGUAAAAGAUAUCUAUGUAACUCACUUGUUCAUGUAAUUCUCUAAAAUAUUAUGGACGAAAAAGAGAUUGAUUUUUCUAAAGGACAGGUGUGUUGGGAUCGAUGUGGUAUAGAAAUCUUUAUUUCUUGUUA